CUACUACACCUCUGUAAAACAUGUACAUGUACAUGUAGGGCAGCCUGUAUGCACCGCAUCAUGUUUUCUCCACUGGAAGGGCGCCCUAGAGGGUACUUUAUCAUGUUUCAUCUACCACAGCGGCAUCCAAACCACCAAAAGCAAACAUAGUGUUGUGACAGCAGUUGUUGCCUGGUAAGAAACUGUUCAGACUUAAGUGACGCAACAAACUCUCAAAUAUCGGGGGCCAUCAUUCAGCUUAUAACAGCCCACCUCGGGUGAGUGGAGGGAGUUCAUGUCAGUAGAGGCUUAAAAUAACCCUCUGCACUAUGGAGAACCAGACUUUAAGUAUAGACAUUCUACAGCUGGAGGGGUUAAAGGUCAGCCCCCAGUCCUCCAUUCCCGCCUUCAUCCUCCUCCUCCUCAUCUACAUCUUCAUCAUGGUGUCCAACAUCGGCCUGGUAGUCCUGAUCACCAUGGAGAGGAGCCUCCACCAGCCCAUGUAUCUGCUCUUCUGCAACAUGAGCAUUAAUGAUGUUUUUGGGGCCACGACCAUCAUUCCUCGCUUGCUGAGUGACGUUUUUACUCCAGUCACAGAGCGCUACAUCCAUUAUUAUGAGUGUGUGAUUCAGGCCUUCUGUGCUCAUUUUCAUUUAGGCGUCUCUCACACUGUGCUCAUGAUCAUGUCCUUUGACCGCUACGUGGCCAUCUGCAACCCCCUGCGUUACGCCACCAUCAUGACCAGCAGGAUGGUGGUGAAGCUGUCGGUGUCGGCCUGGAUGGUGGUUUUAUUGAUGGUGUCGAUCCUCGUGGGCCUCAGUGUCCGCCUGUCACGCUGCAGGGCAGUUAUUUUGAACCCGUUUUGCGAUAACGCCUCCUUGUUCAAGCUGUCCUGUGAAAGUAUCCUCAUCAAUAACAUCUACGGCCUCGGCUACACGGCAGUCAUGCUGGGCUCCUCCAUCUGCAGCGUCACUCUCACCUACCUGAAAACUGCUGCAGAGUGUGUGCUCAGUAAAAACAAGGUUCUGAACAGCAGGGCGCUGCAGACCUGUGCCACCCACCUGGCUGCGUACAUCAUCAUGUUUGUGUCUGGCUUCAUCCCUGUCAUCCUCCAUCGUUUCCAGGACUUUUCAGACGAAAGGAAGCUAGCAUCCAUCUUGUUCCAUGUGGUCCCUCCUACUAUGAACGCUGUUAUCUAUGGACUGCAAAUCAAAGCUGUCAGACAAAAAAUAGUCAUCAUGUUUACCAGGAAUACAAUGGUUGUGACAGAGGUGAAAUGACUCAAUAAUGAAUUAAACUUAAAUAUUUGUUAAUUAUUAAUAAAUGCACUUACUGAAAUGUUCAGUCAUGCAAUUAAAAAAACAUUCUCUCUCACUCGCUAUGGCAUGCUGAAAUGUAUUUUUGUUACUUUUCAAAU